GGAUAUACCGAUAUUCCUUGAAGAUAAUCUAGUUAGGCUAAGAGUUCAAUGUAACAUACUAAGUUAUUGUUUUUCUCUGUUGGGUGUUCAUUCGGGAUUCGAGGCUCAAUAGGCUAUUCGGGAAUAGCCACCGCCGAGUCGAGACAACAAUACCCAUGUCACCGACACAUCGUAUCCGUGGAGGAAUCAAAAUUAAACUCAACCAGAUAGAUUAAUACGCGAAUGAGCAUCCAGAAGAGGAUCUACCGGCAAAUGAGUUUUGUGCUCCCGGGUAUCAACCUCCUGACCUCCUCGACCACUUCCUCUUUCCGGAUAUACAAAGGCUAUUCCCCAACGACAUGAGAGCUAUAAAUAAAGGAUCUCGACACCAACGAAAUUAAAUAUACAAUCAGUCCAAAAACAACACCCCAGAACCUAGUGCCAAUCCUCUACCAUAUUGAAUAAAAAAGUAUCUCAAGCAACACGAGCCCCCAAAAUGUCAUCCACCAUCCCCAAAACAAUGCGCGCCCUCCUCCAACCCAACACCCAAAAAGCCCGCCUCAUCCAAACCACCUCCGACAUCCCCACCCCAGACCUUACCGCAAACGAACACCUCAUCCGCGUCCACUGCGUCUCCCCCUGUGCCAAUGAACUAAACUGGCUUAAAUUCUUCCCCCCACCCAACCCCCGCACUCAAAUCCCCUGCUACGACAUCGCCGGCACAAUCGUCCAAUCUCCAGACACCUCCCCCUUCCACAUCGGAGACGAAGUUUACGCCAGAACAAACUACCUCCGACCCGGCUGUGCAAGCGACUACGCUAUCGGUGUAACUGACGAACUAGCCCAUCGGCCAAAGAACCUGAGCUGGGCUGAAUCCGCCGCCGUGCCGCUCUCCGCGCAGACGGCGUGGCAAGCUCUCUUUGUUCAAUCCGGGGUAGGGGAGUUUGGGACUGAGGAAUGGAAGGGGAAGAGGGUUCUUGUUACAGCUGCUUCGGGGGGAGUAGGGAUCUGGAUUACGCAGUUUGCGACACUGGUUGGUGCGACGGUUAUUGGGACAUGUGGAUCCCGGAAUGUGGAGUUUGUGAGGGGGCUUGGGGCGAGCGAGGCGAUUGAUUAUCGGGUGACGGAUUUGAGGGAGUGGGCACGCGAGCCGGGGAAUGAGGUUGAUGUGGUUGUUGAUUGUGUUGGGGGGAAGUCGUUAGAGGAUGCGUGGUGGUGUGUGAAAGAGGAAGGGGUGGUGGUUAGUAUCUUCCAGCCGCCGGAGCAGGUUCGGCCGGAGGAGCUGGGGGAGAAGUCUGUGAGGAGUUUGUUCUUUAUUAUGGAGCCUAAGAGGGCGCAUCUUGAGGCUAUUACGAAGCUGGUUGAAGUGGGGAAGUGUCGGCCCGUGGUAGAUAGUAUUUGGCCUCUAGAGCUGUUCGAGGAGGCCUUUGCUCGGUUGGAUGGGGGUCAUGCUAGGGGGAAGAUUAUCUUGGAUUUGUCUCUUAAUCAGUGAUUUGAUCUGAUCUGGUGGAGGGACACGGGGGCCAGACUGAGCCUUGAGCAUCUGUUUUUGGGAGUGGUUCAAUGCGUUGUAUGAGCUGUAUCUAACCUUUGUGUCUCAACGCCAUUAUUAGCUGCUGAUAUGAAUCUAUACGAGACACGUGAUCGCUAGCGCCUUGACUGAUCACCGUCUCCGACCCCUAAAGGCUUGAUCCAUUAGCGGUUGAGAUAGUCGAUAGAGUCGUCCAAAGAAUUGAGUAUCUAUCGAAAUGGCAUCCGAUCCUCAGUAGGCUACGUACGUGUAGCUGAAGCAGCAUCAUUCUGCCCAUCUUAUCCCCUAAGAUCACAACA